CCUGGUUUCGGGGGUGGGGAGAGGACAGGAACAAGGACUGGACCGUGGGUGGUGAGCCUCUUAUCCAUCCUGACACGGGGCUGGGAGGCGGUCAAGGUCUUUGGAGUCUUGCUUCUGACGGGCUUGGGGGCACCAGAGCAGUGGCCCUCAGGGCUCUCCCUGGGACCAGCCACCAGGAGUGCCAGCGUCCAGCUUUGUUGGGGGGCGGGCCCAGAGCAGUCCAGCCCCUCCCUGGAUCAGGGCCUCAAAUACCUGCCUGAGUCCUGGCCUCACCACUGCUGCCCCACCAAGCCAGACACACCCCCAGCCCAGAUCUCCGACCUAGAUCCUGAGCCCCGGCCGCUGCCCCAUCCACAUCCCAGCCCGGCUGCUCCGCGCAAUGGGUGGGCUCCGGCUCCUACUGGCUGCGCUCUGGGCGCUGGGGGCCUCCAGGGCCACAGCGCUGCGCAUCGGAGCCUUCAACAUCCAGAGCUUUGGCGACAGCAAAGUGUCGGACCCAGCCUGCGGCGGCGUCAUUGCGCAAAUCCUAGCUGGCUAUGACAUCGCGCUGGUGCAGGAGGUGCGAGACCCGGACCUGAGCGCCGUGUCGGCGCUCAUGGAGCAGAUCAACAGCGUGUCCAAGCACGAGUACAGCUUCGUGAGCAGCGAGCCCCUGGGUCGGGACCAGUACAAAGAAAUGUACCUGUUUGUCUACAGGAAGGACGCGGUGUCAGUGGUGGACACGUACCAGUACCCGGACCCGGAGGACGCCUUCAGCCGUGAACCUUUCGUGGUCAAGUUCUCGGCCCCCGGUUCGGCUGCCGGGGAGCUGGUGCUGAUCCCGCUGCACGCGGCGCCGCACCAGGCCGUGGCGGAGAUCGACGCUCUCUACGACGUGUACCUGGACGUGAUCGACAAGUGGGGCACCGACGACUUCCUGUUCCUGGGCGACUUCAACGCGGACUGCAGCUACGUGCGGGCGCAGGACUGGCCGGCCGUCCGCCUGCGUAGCAGCGAGGUCUUCAAGUGGCUCAUCCCGGACAGCGCCGACACCACCGUGGGCAACUCGGACUGCGCCUACGACCGCAUCGUGGUGAGCGGCGCCCGCCUGCGCAGGAGCCUGAAGCCCCAGUCGGCCGCUGUGCACAACUUCCAGGAGGAGUUCGGCCUGGACCAGACUCAGGCCCUUGCCAUCAGUGACCAUUUUCCUGUGGAAGUGACCCUGAAGUCCCAUUGAAAACCUUCCAGGCCUGGUCAGGGCAUGGUGCCCCCAGACUCGACAUGAGGACUCUGGCCCCCACAGGACUCCUUCCGGGCGGCUGGCAAAGCCCCGGCACGCAGUGGGGCAGGGCUGGCCGGACAAGCGGCUGUGGACACACUGCAGCCCCCUCGGCCUGUCUCCCCGUCUCUAAAAUGGGCUUUUACAUCUACCUCGUAGGGUUGUGAGAAGCACCCUGCAGACUGCUAGGUCACUGGCUAUGCUCAAUAAACAAGAGCCAGCGCUUAGCCAGGGCCACACACUGGUCGGUU